AUGGCUAGCAUUGCGGCAGUUGGGUGGAGCAUAUCCAUAGCUAGUUGGAUCAUGUCACCCAUCGGCACCAAGAUCCUUAAUGAGGGAUUUGAGUUUCUUGGUUUCGAUGAGUCCGAGAAGUUACAGGACUUGGAGUCUCGAAUGCUGCCGCGCCUAGCACUCAUGCUGGAGCGGGCGGAGAGGAUUCCUGUUGAGCAGAGAGCUCGCGUGGAGCAGUGGGCGGCGAGGCUCCGCUCCACCAUCUACGACGCGGAGGACGUGGUGGACAUCGCUGAUUACAAUCGCCUGCAAUGCAAGGUUAUUCCACAGACAACUAUUAAGAUUAUGCUUCGUGCUAUCAAAGAAAAAGGGUUGAGGAGGAUCUUGGAAAAGCUAGAGAAACUCAUUGUAGAAGGUUCCCAGUUUUUGCCUGAGUUGACAUGUGCAAAUGAUAAUCAUAGUGACACAUCAAUCCCCAGAGACCAAGUGAUGAAGUUUGGUACAACCUCAGCUCUUCCAGAAGUUGUAUUUGGCAGAAACAAUGACUGCGAAAACAUAACAUUUAAUAUCGGUGAGAUCUACCAAGAGAUGCUUGAGGCAGCUACAGGAGAGCCAUCUUCCAAAUUUAGGAAUUUUGAUACUCUUGAAAGGAAGCUAGAGGCUGAAUUGACAAACAAAAAGGUUUUACUAGUCCUUGAUGAUAUAUGGCCUGACAAGAAUGUGGCUGAACAUAACUUGAAGAGGCUACUCUCUCCACUGAAGAAUGUGAAAAGAGGAAGUAAGAUCCUGACUACAUCUCGAUUCAGAGAUGCUGCCAAAGCGCUUGGUGCUCAAGUUUUCAUUCCAAUACCUGACAUGGAUGAGAACGACUUGGUUGAUCUCUUCUUCCAUUGUGCACUUGAUGGUGCCGAGCUUGACAGAGAACGUGAGGAGUUUGUGAUGAUUGGGAGGGAGAUAGUGAAAAAUUUGAAGGGGUCACCAUUAGCAGCAACGGUAGUGGCAGCCCGACUGCGGAAACAGUUAAAUGCAGCUUUUUGGAGAAGAGUUCCAGGUGAAAAUCUGUUUACUGGUACAAUGAGUUAUCUUUGGUGGAGUUUUCAGAAUCUGGAUGAUAAGGUUCAACGCUUCUUUGUUUACUGCAGCAUUUUCCCUAAAGCCACGAGAUUUAAGCGCGAUGAACUACUGAAUAUGUGGAUAGCAGAAGGGCUUGUCAAUGUAAACACAGAUGAAGAUUUAGAAGAUGUAGGGGGGCAAUACUUGGAUGAACUAGUUUCUUGCUCGUUUCUCAAGAAAGAAGACAAUGGAAUGUUCCAUACGCAUGACUUGAUCCAUGAAUUAGCUGGGAGGGCAAGUGGCAGCGACUGCUUUAGGUUUGAGGAGGGUGAUCCAAAAAGAAAAACACCACCUGGCAACACCCGGUAUCUGUAUGUAGAUCUAUAUGAUCCAAUGGAGGUCCUUGAGGGAAUUGGAAAGUUAGCCUUGCUUCGGACAUUGGGUCACUUUAAUGUGAAGAAGGAGAAAGGGUAUGAGUUGCAACAGUUAGGGAGCUUGAAUCAUCUUCAUGCUAGCUUGGAAAUUAGUGGACUAGAAAAUGUUAAAAGCAAGGCAGCAGCAUUACAAGCUAAAUUGGUUGACAAGAAGUAUCUUACAGAAGUGUCGCUUGUAUGGGCUGAGCAUCACAGUUGUCCCCUGGGUCUCCAAGACGAGACUGUUCCAUCGCUGAACAUUACUGAUUCUGGAGAAAUGUAUAGGAUUGCUGAUGAGGAACCUAUAAGGUUUCGGGAGCUCAUGCGUGAUAUUUCUGAUAGUUUUGGUGGGCGUAGGCACCAAUAUGUUCAUCCAGGUAUGGUUUCAAGCGCAGUCCCUUUCAUAUGCGGGCAGACAAAUGACGAUGAUUAUUGCAAGGUAUUACUGCCUUUCUCACUUGAGGAUUUAAGCAUUUCGGGCUGUAUUGUCACCGAUACUGUUGUUAAUAAUUGGAUUAAAGGCUCUUCAGGCUUAGUCAGAUUAGAGCUUGGUUGCAUUCCUUUUUUCACAAAAAUUUCAUGUGAUGCAAUCAGUGUUCUAUCUAAGCUCAGGAUGCUCAGUAUUGGUAAUUGUUUCCAUUUCACUAGUAUAGAAGGCAUAAGUGAGUUUACACGGGAAACUCUUGAUUUUACAAUUGUUGGAUGUCCUAAUAUCAGUUCCCUUGGAGAUGAUGAGAAGAUUCGAGUUGUCGGUUCCAUAUGUAUUGAUGACCUGUCAGUUGUGAAGAAGCUUUUCUCAAGGGAGGCUUGUGCCCGUCAUUAUUUUCUUCAGAUAUUGUGUUCUGAAAAACUGGGAGAUGAGGAAGUGUUGUUGCAGUUCGAUUCUCUCUUGACUCUUUGGUUUGAGGACUGCAGCAUUGACAUGUUACCCAGCAAUUUAGAGUGCCUCACAUCCAUGUGCUGCCUGGUUUUGAAUGGAUGCAAAAAUAUACAUUCUCUCCCAACUCUACCUGCAAAGUUACAAUAUUUUGUUGCCUGUGAUUGCCAUGAGAGGAUCUCACUGCCGUUUGUUUGCUCUAUCUGUCAGAAGCUUGUGGAGAAGAGGAAGGAGAAGGCCAAAGUUGAGGAAGCAACUGGCUAA